AUGUCGAUGUUCGCAAUGGGCUGUCCUGAUGUGAUUCAAAUUAUUCAGUUAUGCGGUGGGAAGUCAACAGAGGGGAGCUCGUACCAUGAGCUAAUUAGAGGGUACUCAAUUGCAUGUAUUGAUGUUUUAGUCUCUAGGCUUCUAGUAGACAUUUGCAGGCAUAGUUUUAGCAGAGAUUAG